AUGGGAUUCCUCGGUGUGUUACAUAUGGAGGUUUUUGGUGCUCGACUGGAUCAGGAGUAUGGGACCAGUGUCAUUCUCACUCAACCUUCCGUAGAAUACAAAGCAUUGGUGAAGGAAAAUGAAACCAUUAGAAAGAAGCGUUUCGGCGGCAAGGGCGAGGUCAGUAUUAUCGACGCGAGCAAGUUUCCCGAAGAGAGCGAUAUCGAAAAAUUCCUGGAACCUGUAGUUACGGUUCGCAUAAUAGUGCCGGCGGAGAUGAUGGGCAUAGUGAACGGACUGUGUUCGGAAUGUCGUGGGGAACGCGGUGACGUGAGCUCCAUCGACGAGAGCAGGUUACUGAUCGUCUGGAAACUGCCACUAGCUGAAGUGGUGAUCGACUUUUUCGAGCGAUUGAAGCGGAUCACUUCUGGAUACGCUUCUUUUGAUUACGAACAAGACGGGUACAUGGAAACAAAACUUAUCAAACUGACGCUGACAAUUAAUGGACGAGAGGCGAGUGGAAUUAUUCUUAGCUCGCUCCUUUCAUCUCUCGAAAAGGACGAAUUAGCGACUUAA